AUGACGUCAUUCCCCUCAUACGUCACAACCAAACCCAUGGCGAGCGCUGAGAUUUGGCAGCCUCUCCUGACGAUCCACGACGGAGCCCAGAGUCCAGCUGACAUCUCGGUGAAAUCCAAGAUCCUGAGGGUGAACCGAGAGGCACCGCCGCUGGAGGAUGACGACAGCCGGACGGGGGAAGACAAACUCUACCACGGUGCCAACCACACCAUGAAGAUGACACAACAGUACACAGUCGGCCUCAUGUGUCAGUUCAGCCUCCAGAUGUACCCGUUUGACACCCAGCUCUGCACGCUCACCUUUAACGUGUCAAAUAUGGCUGACAGGUUCGAGUUCAUAAAGGGAGGUGUCGACUUCUCAGCUGAGCGACGCCUCCUGGAGUAUCGAAUGGUCAAGGAGGAGAUGUCUCAUCCUCAAGGAAAUCUCAAGGUGGUGCAGGUAACACUCAAAUUUAAGAACCAAUACGGGUACUACAUCGGCAAUGCGGUCGUACCCAGCCUGUUCAUGGUCGUCAUAUGCUAUCUGACACUGCUCUUCGACAUGGACGACUUCAUGGACCGCAUCAUGGUGUCUCUGACGUCACUGCUCGUCCUCGCCUCCCUCUUCUCCCAGACGAGCCAGUCCAUCCCCAAAACCGCCUACCUCAAGC